CACGACCUGGCUGCACCCGCUCACCGGCGAGGCCGUGAUCACCGGGCACCGCCGCAGCGCAGAUUUACCCACAGGUUGGGAGGAAGCAUAUACUUUUGAAGGUGCAAGAUAUUACAUAAAUCAUAAUGAACGAAAAGUGACCUGUAAACAUCCAGUAACAGGACAGCCAUCACAGGACAACUGUAUUUUUGUCGUCAAUGAACAAACUGCUGCAGCUAUGACAUCCGAGGAAAAGAAGGACCGACCAGCGAGCACGAUAAGUGAAGCAACUAACUAUAAUGUGACUACAGAUUAUGGUGUGCAUCCAAUGAGCCCGGUGGGCAGAACAUCGCGAUCUUCAAAGAAGGUUCAUAAUUUUGGAAAGAGGUCAAAUUCAAUAAAGAGAAAUCCUAAUGCACCAGUUGUGAGACGGGGUUGGCUCUACAAGCAGGAUAGUACUGGAAUGAAGCUGUGGAAGAAACGGUGGUUUGUACUUUCUGAUCUGUGUCUAUUCUAUUACAGAGAUGAGAAAGAAGAGGGAAUAUUGGGGAGCAUACUUCUACCUAGUUUUCAGAUAGCUGUGCUUUCUCCUGAGGAUCAUAUUAACCGUAAAUAUGCUUUUAAGGCAGCCCAUCCAAACAUGAGGACCUAUUAUUUCUGCACAGAUACAGGGAAGGAAAUGGAGUUGUGGAUGAAAGCCAUGACAGAUGCAGCACUUGUGCAGACAGAACCUGUGAAAAGAGUAGAGAAGAUAACAACUGAAAAUACACCACCUCGAGAAGUGAAUAAUAUUUCAAACCACCGGGUCUUAAUAAAACCAGAAGCACAGAAUAAUCAGAAAAAUAAAGAAGUAAGCAAAGCUGAAGAGAAGAAGGCUUUGGAAGCUGAAAAAUAUGGGUUCCAGAAAGUUGGACAAGACAAACCCUUGACUAAAAUUAAUAGUGUAAAGCUAAAUUAUUUGGGAUCAGAAUACAGGACCUUACCAACAAGCACAGUUCAGGCUGCACAUUUCAAGCCAGUUCAUUUAAAUGGGUCUGAAAAUAAAGCUGUCAAUGUUAUCCUGGCAGACGCUGGAGAUGGAGCCCAGCACAAUACAGCUCAGUCACAUAUGGAGUCUGAACGAGUCAUGCAGAGAACUAACUCAAUGCUGCAGUUGGAACAGUGGAUUAAAAUGCAGAGAGGAAAAGGGCAAGAAGAAGAAACAAGAGGCAUUAUUUCGUAUCAGACGUUGCCAAGAAAUAUGCCAAGCCAUCGACCUCAAGCUUUACCGCGGUACCCAGAAGGCUAUAGAACCCUGCCAAGGAACACCAAAAUGAGGCCUGAGAGCAUCUGUAGCGUAAUGCCAUCCAUUUAUGACAGAACCAUAGGGCCAGUAACAGCUGAAGAAAAACGGAGAUCUAUGCGAGAUGAUACAAUGUGGCAACUCUAUGAAUGGCAGCAACGUCAGUUUUACAAUAAACAAACAACUCUUACUAGACAUAGUACUAUAAGUAGUCCAAAAACCAUGAUUAAUAUUUCUGAUCAGGCAAUGCAUUCAAUUCCAACAUCACCUUCCCAUGGUUCAAUAGCUGGUUUCCAAGGAUAUUCCCCUCAGCGCACGUACAGAUCAGAAGUGUCCUCACCAGUGCAAAGAGGAGAUAUAACGAUUGACCGUCGACACCGGGCACAUCAUGCUAAGACUGUGUUCGUGCCUGACAGAAGGUCAAUGCCAGCAGGUCUGAGCUUGCAGCCUAUUACUCCCCAGAGUCUUCAAGGCAAAACGUUGACACAAGAAGAGUAUAGGGGGACACUAUACAAAUAUAGAUCUGAAGAGCUGGAUAUCGAUGCUAAGCUUAGCCGAUUAUGUGAACAAGAUAAAGUUGUACAAGCACUGGAAGAGAAACUUCAACAGCUACACAAGGAGAAAUACACGCUUGAGCAAGCUUUGCUAUCAGCCAGUCAAGAGAUAGAAAUGAAUGCAGAUAAUCCAGCCUCCAUACAGAACGUUGUUUUACAGAGAGAUGACUUGCAGAAUGGACUGCUUAGUACAUGCCGAGAAGUAUCUCGAGCUACUGCAGAGCUGGAAAGAGCUUGGAGAGAGUAUGACAAAUUAGAGUACGAUGUAACAAUCACAAGGAACCACAUGAAGGAGCAGCUUGACCGACUUGGGGAAGUUCAGACUGAGUCAGCAGGUAUACAGCGAGCUCAGAUUCAGAAAGAACUAUGGAGAAUUCAAGAUGUCAUGGAAGGUUUGAGCAAGCAUAAACAGCAAAGAAGUUCUACAGAGGCGGGUAUCAUUGUAUCCAAGCCUUUUUCAACUAUUAAGUAUAAAAAUGAGGCUCCUGAUUAUAGACUUUAUAAGAGUGAACCAGAGUUAACAACAGUGGCAGAAGUUGAUGAAUCUAAUGGAGAAGAAAAGAUUGAACCAGUUUCAGAGUCAGAAACUUCUACGGCUAAAGGUUCACAUUUUCUUGUUGGAGUUGUGCCUCCCCGAACCAAAUCACCCACUCCAGAAUCUUCAACGAUAGCCUCUUAUGUCACUUUAAGGAAAAACAAGAAGAUAGAUUUAAGAACGGAAAGACCAAGAAGUGCAGUGGAGCAGUUAUGUCUGGCAGAAAGCACUCGGCCUCGAAUGACUGUGGAGGAGCAGAUGGAAAGAAUAAAGCGGCACCAACAAGCUUGUCUCAGAGAGAAGAAAAAAGGAAUAAAUAUUAUUGGCAUAUCAGAUCAGUCUCCUGCCCAAAGCCCAUCUUUUUUCAGGGAUAAUCCAUUUAAAUUGACACAGAAUCGAAGAAAGGAUGAUUUACUGUCUGGUAACAUUAAGGAAUUAGAGUGUGCCAUCAGAGAGAAUAAUCUGGAACAAAAUCAUGAAACUCCUCUAGGAGAAAUAGCACAACUAAAAGACAAUAAUGAACAACAACAGCAUAAUGUGGAUUUUACCAAAAAGUUGACAAAAACUGAUGAUCUCCUGUUGUCAGACACCUGUAUUGUAUCUGAGCCAAACGAAGUAAAUGCUGGAGGGAAGGCAGAAAAACAAAAGAAACUGGAAAAAGCACAUGAGAUUGAUGCCAGUUUGCAGAAUGUGGCCUCAGUUGCAAACCACAAACCUGAAACUAGACCAGAAAAGAAUGAAGCAGCUGGAGUUCAAGAACAAGAAGGGUUUAAUUCUUCUUUUGAGUUAUCAGUACAGACAUUGGCAGUGAAAAGUCUGUCCUCUUCACCAGAGUCCCCAUCAUCACCAGCUCCAUCAGCCCAACCACAGCUCACUGAAGGAUCACAUUUCAUGUGUGUAUAGCUACCAGAGAAGCAGCAUCUGGAAAAUGCAUGACGCGGAUGAUGAAGUAAUACCUAUAUAUAGUUUUUACAGACAGUAAAGUGAUACUCCUGGCAUGAUGGAAGUAGAAUCUGACAUAGGAAAACUGCAAUAUAUGAUAUCCUGGAACUACGAAAAGAGAACUCAUUGAGAAGGCUACUUUCUAUGCCAUGGCUCUGAUAUCAUAGAGACAUAUUUUUGGAUCUCUAUCAAUAGCAUAUUGUUACAUUUUAAGCACAUGGAUAAAAAGUUUAAUGGAGUGAUGAUAAAUUUUAUAUAGUACCUUUCAUCCCUGAGUUCUUUAAAUCCUUUACUAAAUAACUGUCAGCAGCAACUGGAAAUGCAUUACUUCUGGAUGGAAUACAUUACCUCUGGAGGGGAAUACAUCCCAUACGCACUACAGCACAGCAAAUGAAGAAUACUGUAUCCUGUUUCUCGUCUGCCCUUAGGUGAAACAUUCAGGGACUUUGCUAUUGCUGUUUAUUUGAUGUGGAAGGCAGUCUGAUAUAGUGAUAAAUAAUGCACAGCAGUAUAAAACUCUUAGAUAGUUCCUCGUACAAAAAUAUCUGUUUGAUUCAGUUUACAUGUGUUCAUUGCCUCAAAAUAGCCUUAAUGCAUCAAGAAAAAGGUUUCAGAAACAGUUUUAUUUUCUAGAUGCUUUAAUAUAUUGUGUUAAUAACUAUUACCACAGUGUGCUCAGAAACUUCUAAUCCCAAGAAUUACUUUAUACAAUAUUCUAGUUUUGGUAAAAUAAAGUAACUAGUUCCAUGUCUGUCUUUCAGCUGUAACAGCUUCUAUUGAAACAAUUCAUGGCUGAGAUGUAUGGACGUGUGGAAAUGUAAGAAGAUAUUGUACAGUAUAUUUUAAAUCUAUGAAAUUCAUAGUUCUGAUGCUUUUGACUGCAGAGCAUCAUUUUAUCACCUCCUGGAAAAUGUUUAUUCCAAGACAGCUUUAAUGGCCCAUAUGUACACUCAACAAUCUGAAGAUUAUUCUUCUGAUACCAGCUUGCUGCUAUGAUUUCCAUGCACAUACGUAAAGGUUCUUGUAAAUGUGCGGUCCACUGUCAGAACCUUAGCUGACGUUUUCCAAAAUUGAAUUUUUUGGUUAAUUAUGGUAUCAUUUAAGUUUUCAUUUUUGCUUCUUUUAGGUACAUACAGAAUCGGUUACUUUUGCAUAUUGCCACUAAACCUGGUUUUACACUUUCUAGACACUACAAGAUAUUGUUUUAACUUUUGAUUUGUAAAUUUUUUUAUAUAAAUAUAUAUAUAUAUAUAUAUUUAAAAUGUGCCAUUUUUAUUAUUGCUGAGUAAAGUAUGUCCUGUUUCUGCUGUAAUUAUUUCUCAGUCGGGUUGCAACGUCAGCAGUUACUGCCACACUGUUGUCAACAUAUACACGAAUGUUAGUGCUUACUUUUUCUUAAAUAAAUGAAGUUGUAGGUAUUUUGAGGUACUGGGCUUUUACUUGGUUGGAAUAGGGUGUGUACAGCAAUAAGCAGGUUUUCAAUCCAGUACUUAGUUUGUGUACAAAUGUAAUUAUGUUCAUUGUGUAUAUAUUAUACAAUGAGCGCAUACAAUGUAAGUAUAAGAAGCCACUUACUGUUGUUCAAAUGCAAAUGUUCAUAUCUCAUUUAUUUUAUAUCAUGUUAAAUAAAUGUUGAUGUUCUUAA